AUGUCUCGACAAGGCAAACAAGCCCUUGUCACAGAUGGCAGACCUAUUUCCCUCCACGACUCCGGCUAUGUCCCUGCCGGUCCCAAAUGCUGGCUGCGGCUGAUAGGCCCGGACGUUCGGCGAGUUGAGCACAGUGACGGGCAGCGAGACAAGCCAGACCCAGAACAUCUGAAAGACCCAGAAGCCCAGGAAGGGAAAGAACUUGUCGCGCUUGUCGUCGAACCUGUCAUCCUUUCCGGUCUUGAGGAUGCGAAACAGCAGGAAGCCCGACAGUCGCAGGCCCCAGACCAUCAUGAAGACGGACACGACGAUCUGGCGUACAUCGGGACUGCCGGAGAAGGCGAGGGUGAUGAUGGCAAGGACCACAAAGUUUGUGCCACCGGCAAAGUCGGUCAGUUUGUCGAAUUUAAAGGAGAAGGCGAUGGCAAAGAAGAAGAGCUGGUAGGCCACCGUGAUAAGGAGGGUGAUGGCAAGGUAAUAGUCGUCCAGCACGUGGACGAUCGGAGACAUUGCGAAGAGAAGGCGAGUGUUAUUCCAGAAUUAUUCACUGUUAAGUAG